UAUAUAUAUAAAAUAUAAAAUCGCCACCAAAACUGAAACCUCUUCUCUGUUCAACAAAGAUAAAAUUUUUCCUCAAAAAAUCUUUUUGUCAAUGCAUUUUAGCUCUGCAUUUCCCUCUUUCUAGCCAAGAAAUGAAAUGGGUUGCAACAGAACAUCUCCAAGACCAAAGUUUGAAGCUAAACUAGGCCACGCUGUUUCUAAACAUGAAAUGGGUUUCUUCAAAACAUUACAAAAUCUCUGAAAAACACGUAGUAAGGCCCUGUAUCAAACUGCCCCACCUCCUUUUUAUACUAAAAGAAUACAAUAAUUCUUUUAAGGAAACAAUCUUUUUCUCUAAAAGAAGCCAAAAACCCUUCUCUAGUUUUAACAAACAGUGAAAACAAUAAUGGGAUGUGUUGCUUCAAAGCUUGAAGAAGAAGAAGUUGUUUGUAUUUGUAGAGAGAGAAAACGUUUACUAAAGCAAGCUGUGGAGAGAAGAUAUGAACUAGCAGAAGCACAUUGUAGAUAUUAUCAAUCUCUUUAUGCAGUUUCAGCUGCUAUAAAGCUUUUUGUAGCCCGCCAUUCUUCACCAACUUCACCAUUUCUUAUUACUUUCCCCCCUCCUUGCCCUUCUCCACCUUCUACUGACCAAAAAAUUGUUACAAACCCUAUUUUUCUUCAACAAGAGCCAUCAGAGACCAAGACCCAUGAAACUAUUGGUUGUGAGUCAUGUGGGUCUUCAACAAGUUCAGAUUCUAGUGAAGAAGAAAUGGCUAAAGAAGAAGAAGAAAGGGAAGACAUGGGUAAAGGACAUUUUGGGUACUUUUAUAUGCAAAUGCAACCACCACAGUCACCGCAGACAGAUUUUGGUUGGGAUUUUUUUAAUCCAUUUGAUACAAUGAGAGUACCAGAAAUUGUAAGUGGGUAUAGGAGAAGUUCUGAUGAUGAUUUAAGGGUUGUAAGGGAAGAGGAGGGGAUUCCAGAGCUAGAAGAAGAAGAAAAAGAGGAAAAACCAGUUGUAUUUGAAGAGAAAGAGAAAGGAGAGGUUGAAGAAAGUGGAAAUGAUGUUGAUAUGGUUAAGGUGGUGGAAGAAGGUGUUAAUGGAAGCCAAGGAGCGCAAAAAGGGCUUACUGUUAUUGAUGUACCAGAAAAAGGUAGAGAACUGUUAGAGGCAUUGAAGGAUAUCGAAGACCAUUUUAUUAGGGCUUAUGAUUCUGGUAAGGAUCUUUCAAGAAUGCUUGAGGCUAACAGAGUUUAUUUGCAGUCUGGGUUGGAGGAAAUAAAAGAGAACUCAACAAAGCUCAUCCAAGCUAUUACAUGGCAUCGGUCAAUUUCAUCGAAGCCUUCAUCAUGCAAGAGUCUUGUGGCAUCCAGUUCCAAAGGUUCAACUUGGACAGAAUAUAAGAACGAUCUGUUUGAUGAUUAUGGAGGAAUGGAUUCAGGAAGCCAUUCACUAACACUCGGGAGGUUGUACGCUUGGGAAAAGAAGCUCUAUGAAGAAGUCAAGGCUGGAGAUAGCACACGGAAACUUUAUGAAAGGAAAUGUUCACGACUGAGAAACCAUGAUGUCCAAGGAGAAGAUUAUCUUGCCAUGGACAAGACCAGAGCAGCAGUAAAAGAUUUAUAUGCUAGGAUUUUGGUUGCAAUUAGAAGUGCUGAGUCAAUCUCAAAGAGAAUUGAAAAACUUAGAGAUGAAGAAUUGCAGCCUCAAAUAGUAGAACUCUUAAAAGGCCUAACCCACACAUGGAAGAUCAUGUUGGAAUCGCAUGAAACCCAAAACAAGAUUCUCUUUGAAGUGAAAUCUUUUGCCUCUCCUGCACAUGGAAAGUUCUGCAAUGACUCUCAUAGGCUUGCAAUACUUCAGCUUGAGGCAGAGAUUAAUAAUUGGCGCUCGUGCUUUACUGAGUAUGUUGCAGCACAAAAGGCAUAUGUCGAAGCUCUGCAUGGUUGGUUAACUAAGUUCUUAGUACCUGAAGUUGAAUUGUACUCUAGAGGCAGGAGUUCUGCAGCACCAUAUCGGGCUGCAGGUCCCCCAUUGCUAGUGAUCUGUCAUAAUUGGUUAUCUUCAAUGGAGAACUUACCACAUAAGUCGGUAUGUUUUGCAUUGAAAAGCUUUUCAAAGGACGUAAGGGCUUUAUGGGCGCAACAAGGAGAGGAACAGCAACAGAAGCGAAAAGUUGACAAUCUUGCAAAAGAACUUGACAGAAGGACUCUAACAUUACAAAAAGCUGAGACCAGGUGUCUGGAAUCCAAGUUUAUAGAAUACAAAUCUGAACAGGAUGUAGAAAACCGUGAUUACAACUUGACAGAGAAGAAAGAUCAGUUGGACAUAUUAAGGCAGAAGCUGGACAUAGAAAAAGAAAAACACCACAACUGCAUGCAGGAAACACAGAGAAUCACAUUAAGUGGAUUUCAGACAGGAUUUUCGACAGUUUUUGAGUCCUUAACAGAUUUCUCCAAGGCUUCUAUGAAAAUGUACAACGAUCUUGUGAAUUGCAGUCAGAAUCUUGGAAAACUAGAUAACCAAUCAUAUAUAGAAGGUGCUGAGGUUGAAGAAAGUGGCGGCAGGUGACAAUUAAAAAAAAAAGCUUUAAAUGAGCUUCUAAGAAUCUACUAGUGUUUGUGGAUUGCUUGUAUAUUAUUUCACGUCGAAGCAGCUCGCUGAGACAAAUUAAUUUCUGUUUUUCCAGGUUUUUAAAAUGGAUUAGUAGAUUGUUUAUUGAGAAUGGAUGUUAUUUGUAUUGCCUACAUUUUGGUUGCAAAUUUCCUUGUUUCUUGCAUCUUUUUGAAGAAAGUACAAGAAAUGCAAAGAUGGGGAAAUUCCAGUAGGCACUUCUUGUAAUUACUUAUAUUAUAAAAAUGGCGCUGAAAUAGAGGAGUUUAGUAUUGUUUUUGUGGUAAA